AUGGCAGAACCAGCUGCGAAGCGGUCUCGGCGACUAUCAGAGUUAGAAGAUGACUACAUUCGAACCAUCGAACUGGAUUUGAGAAAUUACGGAGAGUCUGCGAAGUGGCUGAGAGGUCUCUCGCCGAAAGAACUCCUGAUGAUAUUCGAAAUUGGCCUUAAAAUAAGAGAAUCUACCAUGUUGACUGUGGAUGUCAGCCAAAGCUUCUUGAAGAAAGAGCUCUCUUCACAAAUGCAACCGGUCAAAAGCACUUUAGAGAGCAUUGAAAAAGAAGUGAAGAAUCAACUGCGUGAAAUGCAAGAAAAUGUCGGUCGAGAUGUCGCUGAGAAAGUGAAACAAAUGUCGACUGAUGUGGAAGCCUUCAAAGGCGAUUUAAGGAAGGAUAUUGGAACCAUCCAGAGAGAAUUGGUAUCCCGAGUGAAUACUGUUGUGGAAAACGUUCCGCCGCUAAACAAAGUAACUGAAUGCGUAGAGAAGUCCGAACGAAAGCUAAAUGAAACCAUUCAUAGGGAUAUCAAACCCGUCAUAGAUAAUUGCAAAAUGCAACUAGUAGAAAUGUCGACCUCGCUGAAACGGUCUUCGCACAUUAUUGGCUCUGUUGGUCAAAAACUGGUAAUAAAUCUUCUCAGAGAGCAAUUUGGUAACUUCCAUGUGAGGGAUAUAUCAAAAGAGCCAAGAAAGGGUGAUAUAUUGAUGGAAUCGCCGCGGCAGCAUAAAUUUAUGAUUGAAGUGAAAAACCGUGAGAGUAGCAACGUGCCCCAAUCCGAAAUAGAUCGCUUCAAAAGUAAUCUCGCGAGCUCUCCUGAUGUUAGAGUAGGGGUUCUUCUAUCAAUGAAAAGCGGAAUCGCCAACAAAGUGUCGCAUGGAAAGUUUCAGAUCAUAUUUAACGAGAAUCAGUACCAAAUUUAUGUGCCGAAUGCGGGUGAGGAUGAAGCAAUGAUAACUUGGAGUGUGUUGAUGGCCGACGAGUUGGCCCAGUCAAUGCAGGGAGACCUUGGUACUAGCCAAAUUCAAAAGCUUGAGGAGCUAUACAAAGAAUUUCAAGAAACCAAAGACCACGAAAAGACUUGUCGGGACAACCUGGAUUCCCUCGAAAGGGCGGCAAAAAAUUUGAGAGAGAGUAUGAAUUUUAUUCUUAAUGGUAUCGACAAAACAAGGAAAAAAAUGAAAAGGUUAAUCGAUUCUGAUGCACCUGUCGUAGGUAAAAACAUCGCUACUGUACAGCUAGACUGA